AUGGGGAAUGCUGACCGAAAUGAGAGUGAUGUCAUCUUCAUCCUUUUAGGGUUCUCUGAUUACCCAGAUCUUCAGAUUCCUCUGUUCUUGGUAUUCCUUGUGAUCUAUAUCAUUACUGUAGUAGGAAACUUGGGCAUGAUUGUGAUUAUAAGGAUUAACCCCAAACUUCAUACUCCCAUGUACUUUUUCCUUAGUCAUUUAUCUUUUUUAGAUUUUUGUUACUCUACUAUCAUUACCCCCAAAUUGUUACAAAUCUUGGUUGUGGAAGACAGAAGCCUCUCUUUAGCUCCCUGUGUCACACAAUAUUCUUUUGCUGCCAUCUGUGUGGUCACAGAGGCAUUCUUAUUAGCAGUGAUGGCCUAUGACCGCUUUGUGGCAAUUUGCAAUCCUUUGCGAUAUACAGUUGUCAUGUCCCAGAAACGAUGUGUCCUUUUGCUGACAGGUGUUUAUACAUGGGGCAUAAUGUCUUCUAGCAUAUUAAUCUACUCACUUCUUAUUUUGUCAUUUUCUGGAAGCAACAUCAUUAAUAAUUUUCUCUGUGAGUAUUCUGCAUUACUUUCUGUCUCCAUCUCUGAUAAACAUGUAACGGAGACAAUCUUUUUUAUCCUUGCCAAUUUCAAUACAUUUUUCACACUUAUUAUUGUACUCACAUCAUAUCUCUUUAUUUUUGUUACUAUACUGAAAAUGAAUUCAGCCACUGGGAGGUAUAAAGCUUUCUCCACUUGUGCGUCCCAUCUGACGGGUGUUACCAUUUUCUUUGGAACCAUCCUCUUCCUCUACUGUGUGCCCAGUUCCAAAAGCUCAUGGCUUCUAGUGAGAGUAAGCACUGUGUUUUAUACAGUUGUGAUUCCUAUGCUGAACCCCUUAAUAUACAGUUUGAGAAAUAAAGUUGUAAAAGAGACUAUCAGGAAAUUAAUGGAACUGCCAGUUGGAUGGUUCAUUGGUUAG